UGCGUCGUCAGAGUGCGCAGUGGGCGUGUGCCGCGCCUUUGGGGAAAAUGUUUCGACUCUCUCUUCGUUCCCGGUCCUCUCUGCUGCACAGACUCGGAUUCUGUGGACUGAGGCGAGCCUCUGAAAAUGUACCUUUGAGACGGUGUACUGUUGAGAAAGUGGACCAGUGCGUGGUUGUGCGCUUGGUGAGUGAGAACAAAGAAAACAGAGUAAACCCUGAGUUCUUGGACGCUUUCCAUAAGGCCUUGGAUCAGGUGGAAAGCUAUGAGGAUGCAGUAAGCAUGGUGACAACGUCUGAAGGAAAGCACUUUUCUCUUGGACUGGAGCUGGAGCUGCUAGCUGGCAGCAGCUACAGUGAAUUUAUGAAAUACAUGUCAGAUGUUCAAGACCUCUUUCGCCGCCUCUUCACUUUUCCUCUUGUCACAGUAGCUGCUGUAAAUGGUCAUAUCUAUGCUGCUGGAGCUCUCCUUGGUCUCUGUCACGACCAUAUCAUCAUGAACAACAGCAAGGGCUUCUUUUGUCUCCCAGAGGUAAACCUUAGACUCAAUUUCCCAGUUGGCUGGACGGAGAUUCUCAAGUAUGUGCAGAUAUUAUGGUAGUCUUUUGGCGAUCACUGACAACCAGCUUCAACCAGGAGUCAAACUCAGGCUUAUUGCCUCACACAAUUACGUGACACUUGCAAGGAAGGGUUCUGCUGUUGCCUUGUUACCUGGGAGUUGUGGUCUCCCAAUCAAUAAUAGGCCUGAGUUUGGUAGCUGGUUUUUCUUGUCUCUGUAUAUAUACAUGCAUGGAUUCUCACUACGCUGUCCAGUGGCUCAUCAUAGGCUCCUCCAUGUCACAGGGCGAGACUCCCACAGAGAGAGCUAAAGGCAGCAGUGGUAUUGGGGAAGAGGUAUGGCGGAAUGGAGGCAGAGAGAGCUGGGAUAGUGGAUGAACUGGCUCCUCCUGAGACACUGAGAGAGGCAGCUAUUGCAGCAGCCGGCAGACUGGCUGGACCAGGGCUGGACAGAAAGACUGUGUCUGCACUAAAACAUGACCUCUACAGAGAUAUAGUGCUGGCCAUGUCAGAACCACCUAAAUACUACUCUCAUAUUCCUAUCAUUUCCUAGUAAUGAUUGUCUGUCAAAUUUGUGAGCCAUGAGUAUAAUUAUAUACCCAAAAUUACAUUGUACAAAAAUUCAUGUAAAUUUCAUAAAUUUGGGCAAUUCACUGAUUGAUGCGAAACUCCACAUGCAUCCAUUCUGCAGAGUGUUUAUCCAAUGAAGUUGAUCACCACUAGAUGUAGGACCACGUGAGCAAAGAGAAAGUCGGCGAACGCUCUCUCUGGAGAGAUGUGGAGGAACUGGGAGCGAUUCUGCGGGUUGGUCUGAAUACGGAGACACACUGGGCAGGAAGAAACACACACUGACCGACAAUUUGAUACUUUUGUUGCGUUUACCUCCAAGAACGAAGGAGCCUACACACGAGAUAAAGCCAGAGAGGAAGGAAUUGAAAGGAAACGUUCCAACUAGAGCGCAGUACACGAACUGUAUGAUGCCCGUCAGCAUGAUGUAGGCCAGAUACGCAUCUACCAGCUUCAGCUUGGUCGGCGUUUUGCUCCUGUAGCUCUGCAGGAACUGCUGCACCACGGACACGAUGUUCUCGGAGCUCAUCGCUUGCUCGAUAUCUCUGGCUUCUCUUUUUCCCAGUUGGAAAUUUCUCUGUUC